UGAUGUGUAUGUAUCUGAUUACUCAAAUGCGGUGAAUUACACUUUUUUGACAAAAUACGUGUGUGUGUUCAAAUUGAUUAAAAUAUAUUAUUAUCUUAGAAACUGUGUCAUUGCUAUGCCUGCAUAUCAUUCCAGUUUCGUAGAAAACAAUGGAAACAUUGGUAACAUGGCGCUUUUGCCGAUUCGAACUCAUUUUAGGGGUCCUGCACCACCCUUUACAAAAGACUUAGAUAUAAUCGAUGAAGCAUUGUACUUCUUCAAAGCAAAUGUCUUUUUUCGAACAUACGAAAUCAAGAGCGAAGCAGACAGAGUUUUAAUUUAUAUCACAUUGUACAUAACUGAAUGCUUGAAAAGAUUGCAGAAAUGCGCAACCCAGGCUCAAGCCGCAAACGAAAUGCACUCUCUGGCUAAAUCAAAAUUCGAUGUUCCCGGUGAUCCUGGAUUUCCUUUGAACUCUGUGUACGCUAAGCCAAGCAAUCCUAUGGAAGCAGACACUAUGAGACAAUAUUUACAACAAAUAAGACAGGAAACCGGUGUAAGACUUGUAGAGAAAGUAUACGGAGAGGAUGGCAAACCUAGUAAGUGGUGGUUAUGCUUUGCCAAAAAGAAGUUCAUGGAUAAGUCUUUAUCAGGUCCUGGUCAAUAGAUAAAUUAAAAAGAAAACAAGUCUGUCAUUGAAGGUGAUUAUAAAAUUCAUACAGUAUAUAAAUACAGAGAUUAAAAGUUUCAAUGUCUUAUUAAUUUUAUUGUGUGGUCUUUGUUAUAUUUGUAAUAAACUAAUGAGAAAAAAAAACAAAAAGAGAGAGAAACGUUGAUGUAAAGGUGAUUCGUACGGAAGAGAUGUUUAUUUCGUACAGGAUAUAACAUAAUAUCGACAUAAAAUUCUGUAUUAUAUCAAUAAAAUGAUGUAUCUUGUUCGCAGAA